CCUUCAUCCUCAUCUCGUCACAAUCUCAGCUGCAUCUCGCGCAUCAUAUGCGAAUAGGUAUGGACUGAAUGAGCUAUCGCGGGCAACCGUAUCCGACGACGACGACUUGACCCUCUUCACGGUCAUUGUGGUCACCCUUCCAAUGCCGCUUCAACCUCCAACUCGACCCCACUCCGCCAAUCCUCACGUCUCCCUUCGUCCCUCUUUAUUUGCUUCGAAUUCUGAAUCGACUUUUCAACGUGUAACUUCGCAAGGGCCGAGGCACAUCACUACUGGAGGCUAUAGACGGCAUGGAAGAGAAGGCGACUGGGAAGAUGCUUGGGACUCGAGUUCUGAUACCGAAGCGGACAUUCAGCAAAACAACGUCGAACCGCGUUUGACUUCUACCUCUUCUUUAGACCAGACGGCGGAGAUACCUAUGCCUCGACGCGAUGAUAGUACAGAACGGAACGAAGACGUGAUCUCAUCGUCUUGGGCUUCCGCAUCAUACCAUAAUAUCCCGACUUCACCGACAGGCACCUCAUCCCCCUCUUCCAUUCACAGGCCGCAAAUCUCAUCGUCCAAGACGUACACGGAUGGUGCGACGCCUCCACCUCCCGGCACGCAUGUUGUCGGCAAUGUGCACAAGAAGACUGCCAGUGGAUCAAAAUCCUCAUUGCCCCCUGGUGGUGCUUGGGAGAUUGUCGAGCCGGCGGAGCUGAAAGAAGAGGCAGUUGAGCCAAAAGUCGCUGGGAAGGAGGCAGUCAGGGAUGACCUCGAAGACAUUCUGAAGGACCCAUUACAACUUCUAUCGUCUUUAUCCCUCUCCGCACCUUCUACACCUGUACCUGCUGGGGCGAAUCCGAGCUCUUCAUUUCCUUUUCUAUCACCAGGAUCACCCUCAACAUCUAGCUCUGCUCAGGUUCCAGCCAUAUCAGCUGCCAUGAAAGCGUCCACAUCAACUCCUCGGACGCCCAGCAGAUCGGAAGGUCUCGGUCGGGCACGGAGUGUGAGAACGGAACGGCGGCGAGACAAGUUCGCCAAAGUUCUACAGGGCAGAACUGCUGUCGGUGGAUCGGUAGAGUUAGGCGAGUUACGUCGUCUUGCCUGGUCGGGUGUGCCUGAUGAGAUAAGGCCGAUCGUCUGGCAAUUGCUCCUGAACUACCUGCCGUUGCCCUCACAACCGCGACUGGCAACACUACAGCGCAAGCGGAAAGAGUAUUCUCAAUUGGUCGAUCAAUACUUUGGGCGUGGUUUGGCAUCACUGGACCAACAGAUUUGGCAUCAGAUUGAGAUUGACGUACCUCGUACGCGUCCCAGAAUACCUCUCUGGAGCUGCGUCACAGCUCAACGCGCACUCGAGCGUAUAUUGUACGUCUGGGCUAUCCGGCAUCCUGCAAGUGGUUACGUCCAAGGAAUCAACGAUCUCGUCUGCCCAUUCUUUCAAGUGUUCUUGAGCGCAUACAUCGAUACCGAUCCUGAGCUAUUCGAUGUGGUACAUUUACCUGCGAACGCUCUGUCGGCCAUUGAAGCCGACACAUUUUGGUGUCUAUCAAAACUUCUCGAUGGCAUUCAAGACAAUUACAUCUCGCAUCAGCCGGGUAUACAACGACUCGUUCAGCGUAUGCGAUACCUUGUCAGACGUAUAGACGCCCCACUUGCCGCUCACUUUGAAGAUCAAGGAGUUGAAUACAUGCAAUUCGCUUUUCGUUGGAUGAACUGUCUGCUGAUGAGAGAGAUAUCGGUCAAGGGAACUAUACGGAUGUGGGACACGUACUUGGCUGAAGGCACAGACGCAUUUUCGCAAUUCCACCUCUACGUCUGCUCAGCGCUUUUGGUAAAAUUUUCAGACCGAUUGCGCGAAAUGGACUUCCAGGAAAUGAUCAUCUUCCUUCAAUGCUUGCCUACUUCAUCUUGGACAGAUCACGAUAUCGAAUUGCUCUUGUCCGAAGCCUAUGUCCUCAAAACGGUCUGGCAAGGUGCGGAGAAUCACUUUGCAAAUCUUCCCAACGGACAGGAGUUUGGCAUGUUGGGACGUUAGGCCGGCCGCAGAUGAUCAACACAUCUGGUAUCCACGAAGCAUGCAGCGUGUACGAACAGAACUCCCAGGAGACCAAUCAUCUUUACAUACUUCUGCAUAC